UUCCAUUCUGGACAUCGCAGAGGUUUCUGACAGCAAUAGUGACCUUCUGGGGAUUCGCCGUUCUCUACCUGCAGCGGGUCAACCUCAGUAUCGCCAUGGUCUGCAUGGUCAGGUCUGGGGGCAGCAACCAAUCUUUCACCUGGAGCAACGACA